CACUGAGAGAGCUGUCUUCUUGUCCUUCUGACUCCCAGCCCCUGGCCCCCAGCUAUCUAUAUAGGAGGAGCUCACUCAUCCAGUCUGACUGGGUUUAGAUGUGGGACCCACCCAGGGGAGGAACCAAGAAGGAGUGAGAAAAAUUCAUUGUGUGGAGAGUGAAGCUUGAGGAAGCCGCAGAAAGAGAGAGACACAAGCAAGGGGGGCCAUGUGUGGACCAACAGGGAAGCUGGAUCGCAACCUGUUUGGAAAGGUUCUCAUGAAGUUGGGUCUAGGCCUUAUUGUGAGUGGACAUCUCAAUUUCAUUACUGGUGCCAUUGUACAUGGACUGGUCCUGAAACACGUGGCCAAGCUGCAAGAUAUAUUAUCACUGCAAUAUUCAAUAUCCAACAUCAUUACAGUGGCAUCAGCCAUCCUGAGUAUUUCUUGUGGAAUAUCUGCCAUUGUCCUGUCACGGUACCUUGCACGUGUAUCACUACGUUGGGCAGUGUUGCUUCUCAGUAUUAUUAAUGCAAUCCUAUCCAUCACCUGCACAUUGGGACUUGCUGUGUCUGUCAUAAUCACCAUAGCUAACAAGGGUCGCACCCUCCUGGCUUCAUGCACAUUCACUAACCUGGAGCUCAUUCAGAUAUCUCAUGAGUGCCCUUUUGACCCGACACGAAUCUAUAGCACCACAUUAAUUCUUUGGGCAAUCUCCAUAUUUUGGGAUAUUGUGGAAAUUGUUUUCAGCAUGCGCUGCUUUAUCACCGUCCUUCAUCUGAUGAAAGUCCGUAUGUGCCGCAAGAGGAAGGAAAAGCUUCAGCUACCUCGGAUUGAAGAAGUAAAUGAGGAGAAUGAAGAUGGUGAGUGCAGUGCGUGGCUGUGAAAAGUGCACUAUUAUUCAGUAAGAGACUGAACACAUUUUGGGAAUGAGGAAUACCCACAGAAUGUGCCGCUAACUCCUGUCUAAGACUCCAGCACAGUCCAGGAACAGAGCCACAUACAGAAGCGGGAUUAUACCACAUGAUGUGCGUCAGGAUGCAGGGACAUGCCUGCGUGUUAUGUGCUGUAGGAUACAGGACUCGGAAACUGACACAGUAUUUUAUUUCUUUUAGAAAAUCAGGUGCUGCAGUGUCACAAAUGUUUCCAGCUUGGUGAAUGUGCAAAGUGGGGGUUUACACAAGGUUUGGGGUAUAAUUGGCUAUAUAGCAAAGCCAGCAGUGCAGUGGGAAUUGACAAUUACACAGUGAAGUUGACUGCUUUCAGUAUUAAAAGACAUAGCCACACAUAGAACUCAGAUUGUGACAAACAGUAGUGGAAAGCUGGUGUAUCUAUGCUCGAUUGUAAGUGCCAGGUAUGACAAUCUCAAACCUUUAUUUUUUUACGAGAGGCCAGAAGGUCCCAAAAUAGUAAUCAAUGUGCUUCUCCUUCAACCUUUAUAGUCAGUGCUUAUAGAUCACAAAAGUGAGUUUAAAUCUUAAAAUCCUUAUAAAAUUUGUGUCAGUAUAAACAGAACAUACUUUUCAUAUAUUUUCCAAACUAGUAACACUAUAACUAAUUACGGUAAACACUUCCAGUUUCCAUAUGAUAAAGGAUCAGAUAAUUGCUUUUCAAUGCCAGAAAUCCCAGAUAUACUUACAUUUUUAUACAACGCUGCUUGUACGUAUGUGUUAACACAGUUGUGUGUAUGAAGAAUGUAUAGUGAAAUAUGUGUGCACUGAAAAUAAAAUACAGUUAUAUUUACACUGGAA